AUUAGGGUUAUGGCUGCGGUGCUGUUAAAGAAUCGUAUCAGUCUUGGUACGAAUUACACAAGAGGAUUAGCGUGGACAUGGUCCAAACGAAAUUGUCACAUAUUAGCCCGCAGAGCGGCGACCACUGACAUUGUCAACAGUGGGCUCUUAAGAAAGAUGCUUUUUGCAAUGUCCGAGAGGACUCUUACUGGACAGUCUAGAAAACUAAUCCAGAAUCUUCUCUACAGACCAUUGAGUCCCGCGCUGGCUGGAAUCAGCAGAGAGUUAGUCAUGACCAACUUGCUUAAAAAUCCAGUGGGUUUAGUAAAUUUAUUAGGGUCAACACACCUCUUCAGUACAUCUCAGUCGAAAUGUGCAAAAGAUAAAGGCAAUGAACCAAAAGGAAAAACACCAGAGGAAGAUGAAGAAGAAAAGAAACGUCGCGAGCAGGAGGACCAGAUGUACAGAGAGCGCUUGCGGACCCUUUUCAUAAUUGCACUGAUCAUGAGCCUGCUAAACUCUAUUAACACCAGCGGUGGUAACAUCUCUUGGAAUGACUUUGUCAAUGAGAUGUUGGCUAAGGGAGAGGUGUCACGUGUCCAGGUGGUUCCUGAAAGUGACAUUGUUGAAAUCUACCUUCACCCUGGAGCUGUCAUCUUUGGAAGGCCUAGGCUUGCACUCAUGUAUCGAAUGCAGGUCGCCAACAUAGACAAAUUUGAGGAGAAGCUGAGGGCUGCUGAGGAGGAGCUAAAUAUUGACACAAAGGACCGGAUACCGGUCUCCUACAAACGCACUGGAUUCUUUGGAAACGCAGUGUAUGCUCUUGGAAUGGCGGCAAUUGGUGUGGCUAUUCUCUGGUACAUUUUUCGUCUGGCAGGCAUGGGUGGCAGAGAGGGUGGUUUCAGUGCAUUUAAUCAGCUUAAGAUGGCAAAAUUCACCAUUGUUGAUACCAAGUCAGGAAAAGGUGUGAGCUUUAAAGAUGUUGCAGGCAUGCAUGAGGCAAAGGUAGAAGUGAAAGAGUUUGUUGACUACCUCAAGAAUCCAGAAAGGUACCUCCUUUUGGGAGCCAAGGUUCCAAAAGGUGCAUUGCUGCUUGGACCCCCAGGCUGUGGGAAGACUCUGUUGGCAAAAGCUGUUGCCUCAGAAGCUCAGGUACCAUUCCUGGCAAUGGCAGGCUCUGAGUUUGUCGAGGUCAUUGGAGGUCUGGGUGCUGCCAGGGUGAGAAGCCUGUUUAAGGAAGCUCGUGGCCGAGCACCCUGCAUUGUCUACAUUGAUGAGAUCGAUGCUGUUGGAAAGAAGCGCUCAACUAACAUGUCUGGUUUCUCCAAUACCGAGGAGGAGCAGACCCUCAACCAGCUUCUGGUUGAGAUGGACGGGAUGGGAACAACUGACCAUGUGAUUGUGCUGGCUUCCACAAAUAGAGCAGACAUUUUAGAUAACGCUCUGAUGAGACCUGGCAGAUUGGACCGGCACAUCUUUAUUGAUCUUCCGACCUUACAGGAGAGGAUGGAAAUCUUUGAACAGCAUCUCAAGAUAUUAAAGCUUACCCAGUCAGCUAACUUCUAUUCGUUACGGUUGGCUGAGCUCACUCCUGGCUUUAGUGGGGCUGAUAUUGCUAACAUAUGUAACGAAGCUGCCUUGCAUGCUGCCAGAGAGGGCCAUAAGUCAGUCGACACUUUCAACUUUGAGUAUGCAGUAGAGAGAGUAAUCGCAGGAAGUGUUAAGAAGAGUAAGAUCCUCUCCAAAGAGGAGCAGAGGGUGGUUGCCUUCCAUGAAUCGGGGCAUGCUUUAGUCGGAUGGCUACUUGAGCACACAGAAGCAGUCAUGAAGGUGUCCAUUGCCCCUCGGACAAAUGCAGCCCUGGGCUUUGCCCAAAUCUUGCCCCGUGACCAGUACCUCUUUACCAAAGAGCAGCUGUUUGAGCGCAUGUGCAUGGCUUUAGGAGGAAGGGCUGCAGAAGCAAUUAUCUUUAACAAGGUUACAACAGGAGCCCAGGAUGACCUGCGUAAGGUGACACGUGUGGCCUACUCUAUGGUGAAACAGUAUGGGAUGUGUGACAGUGUGGGCCAGGUUUCCUUCCCUGAAGCAGAGGAGCAGGGUGCUAUUGGACGGAGACCUUUUAGCCAAGGACUGCAGCAACAGAUGGACCAUGAGGCUAAAAUUUUGAUCGCCCGUGCUUAUCGGCAAACUGAGAAGCUACUUAUGGACAACAGAGACAAGUUAACACUGUUGGCCAAUGCAUUGUUGGAGCGAGAGGUGGUGAACUACGAUGACAUAGAGGCUUUGUUGGGUCCUCCUCCAUAUGGGCCAAAGAAGAUGAUUGUCCCGCAAAGCUGGGUGGAAGCUCAGAGGGACAAGCAAGACACGGGUGAAGACGAACCACAGCCACCUUCACGUAGACGCGGUGAAGCUGACAUGAAUCCGGAGAUGGUCUAA